UGUCCUCUACAACGUACCAGGAUGGCGGACCUGCGUAAGGCUCAUCAUAGUCUGCCGUCCAAAAUGCUGUUGAAACGUCGCUGGCUGUUAUCACUCUUGAUGAUACUUCUGUUGAGUGAGGGAUGCUUCCAAUACGCCGGUUACGUUUCUAAAUUUUUCAGAGUAAUUCGGUACACAAACGAGUUGGUUGAGAACCCGAAACCCGUUGUCAUUCACCACAACCGCCAAGGCAGGAACGAGAUCGUGGCCUGCGUCAUAGAAACUUCUCUCGGAGAUGCUUGCGAUGGAUUGGGUUUUGGCGCCCUCGUUUUGCAGGCGAUAGACGACAUUACAACAUGUCUUGCCCGUGGAUUCGUCCCAACAGUCAUGUGGACAGACUGUAACUACUGUGGGCCGCCUGGAAAUGGACAGAACUAUUGGACCUGGUACUUUAAAGCUUUACCUGACUCGAACAGGAGCAAAGGGAGAAUUGGUGGACUUCCGGUUUGCCGACUUGGAAACAAGGUGACGGAAUACUACCAACCAAUUACAGCAGAGAUCCGGGCUCUUGCCAAUCACGUCAUAUCAGGUUAUCUCCAGCCAGCCGCUAGGAUCAAGACCGCAGUGGAUACUUUUUAUCAAUCCUUCAUGGCAGAUAGUAUUAAUAUAGGUGUCCACGUGAGACUACAAUCAAGUCACGCCGAAGAGAUGGCAUUCUUUGACCAGACACCUCCAGAACUACACGACUUUGUUCAAGUUGUGCAACGUCUCAUAAAUGACAUCACUGCCAAAAAUAAGGGCAGAGAGAUUCGCAUAUACCUGGCCUCUGAUCUCGACGAAGUUAUUAAGGAAUUCAAAUCCAAGUUUGGGAACAACAGAGUCUUACACAUAGACGCCUUCAGGGGGGAAAGUUUGAAUGAUGAUAGGAUACGGGAAGGCUCUCCAAACCUACUGGGUGACCAGGUGUUCACUGACAUCUUGCUGAUGUCUAAGUGUGACUACUUUGUCCAUGAUGAGUCUAAUGUUGCUUCAGUGACGUACUAUUACAACCCCAACCUUAAGAGCUACUAUGUCAGUGGAGACGCCUCGGACUUCAGACGACUUAAUGCGCAACCUCGUUUCGAUUCUGAGGAACUCUUUCGUCAGGCCGUUGUCAGGGAGACGCGCAACAUAAUCCUACCCGAUUGGAAGAAUGGCUCACUGUGGGUUGGUCUUAAGGUCCGGGUUAGUUUGCUGUGGGGAUUGUUGUUCACAGAUGGGGAAAAAUACCUUCAUGACCUGAGUUGUUUCAGCAAGAACGUGAAAUGGAGCUAAUGUCGCAGCGAGUUUUUAAGAUCAAAGUUUGCCAGUGAUAGUGACCUGAAGGAAUUGAUGGGUCUAUGAAGUUGUUGCAUGUUCCUAACUACAUAAUUAUGUACACUCAGUCUGUUGUUGUUCGUCCGUCGUUCCCAACGAUGACCAAGACAUCGGCACGUCAGGUUCUGUGUGUACGACUGUGGCUUACCAGUCCUAUACGGUCUUUGAAAGCUUUGCCACGGGUUGGUUGAGCACACUGCAUAUACUUUUACAUGUAACAAUGUAAUUACCUUAAUGUGACACUAACGUAAUAAGAUUGGAAGAGUUUUGCAAAUGAAGUAAUGACUAGGAAAAAAAAAAACAUUGUACACUGUACCGAAAUACCAAAGUCUGCUUGUGGAUUUAUCAUUCAAUGAAGCGUAUGCGUUAUAAAAGUGUCGGAUUAAGGUUCAUUGCCAUUAAUAUAUAUAUAAGAAACCAUAUGUGGAUAAUUAUGCAUUUACGUAUAAUCAUGUAUAAUGGUGAAAGGGGUUUUGUAUAAUUGUGUACUAAUUGUGUAUAAGCAUACAUGUAUGUAAUUGGACUACUCCAUAGUGCAAUUAAUGCAUUCUGCAUGAUUGUCACCCUCUGCUAUGUACUCAAUACAAAUAUCAACUUGAUCGUCGAGUAAAGCAAUCUGGCCCGGAGUCCGAAAUUGUUUUUCUGGAAAUAAAUUGUGGCUUGUUA